AUGACCUAUGCGGAUGCCCUUGCAUGGUUGAGAUAUGCCACAGCCCUUCCAUGGAAGUCCAGCACUCAGCAAUCCAUUCAAUGGACUGCACACUCCAUGAAAAGCACUUUGCUUGCAUGGGGAGCACAGUUGAUCGCAGAAGGGAAAGUCACUCCGGAAGAACGCAUGCUUCAGGGGCAUCAUAGGUCGAUCGCUAUGCCAGCGACCGGCAUGCAUGAAAGCUUGGAAAAGCAGCCUUCUGUAGAUCAGAACAUCGGGGGCCCCUUUUUUCUGAUUGAGGAUGCAGGAGUUGACCCAGCCCUGGCAUCAAAUCUGGUUUCAGAUGGAUGGACAGUGACGUCCUUUCGAGAAAUCACAGCUUCGCCCUCAGAUUUUACGGAUCAGGUGUUUGCAGAACUAUGCCAUGAUGUUAGUCUGUCCCUGCUUCAGAAGUCUUGCAUCAAGGGAGCCUGGCGCAGUCUCCAGGCACCUCCAAAUCCGGAAGCCCAUGCACCAGCAGGCACAUCAUCAGCUGCCGGGACACCCUCGGCGACAGACAAUACAUGGUCGGAAUCAUUCCCACCGAAGUUGACCAGUUCAACCGUAUCCCAAUUGAAGAUGAAGUUCUGUACCAAUUUUCCGUCGGAGGUUGUCACUCCGGAGACCCAGCCAAGUGCCCGAUUACUGGCGCUCGCGUUUCAGUUGCACCAAAAGAAAGAGUACAAGUGGUUGCCCUGGAAAUACCGAAUGUCAGUAGCUCGAUCCGAAGAGAUGUCCUUGGGUCGAGCUUCCAAAGCCCCGAGACUGGAGAACGUUCAAUUGCAUCAAUUACUCAUCGAUGAGAUCCCCUCCCUGGAGAUCACCAACCAAAACCUAGGCUUGAAUGCAGUGAACCGUAUGUUUGAUUUGCACAACUAUGCAUGGGCCAUGGUUCAGGCGUGCCACCUACAUAGGCUACGCUCUUAUAGCUUGAAGUUCAUGUCUUUUCUGUCAGUGCGACUGGAUGCAGAGAGCGGUUUGAGAGCGCCAUCCAUUCUCGAAGCCCAGCAUGCAGAUAAGCACAUUUGGCACCAGAUUGCGGAACUAUGUGAGUCACCGGAAUGGACAUUGGAUGAUGCAUUGCUUGAGUUUACUCAAAAUCGGGGGGAUUUGGCUGCCUUGCUCCAGCCUAGGCCAAAAUUGACCAAGCCUACACCUCCUCCAAGCAACACACCAUUCAAAGGUGGCAAAGCUGCCAAAUCAUCAGGUGCCACACCUCAACAGGAUGCCACGGUCGAGGAGAUCACAAGCAUGGAACCAGCGCGACCAGAUUUGUCCGUCCACUGGACAAACUGGCAGACAGCAGAAUCCCAACCAGAACUCACGGAGGAGCUGGUCCAAGAGGAAAUUGAAAAAGGAUGGCUGAUUUGUUUCCCUGGAAACCUUGAGGAUGCCAAACGUGAAUACCCCCUUGGCGUUGCAGUGGGGAAACUUUCAAUUGCCACAUCGGACACCCGUCCACCACGAUUGGUAGUAGACUUUACAGUUUCAGGCACCAACCACAAUUGCGAUAUACCUGAGCAUCAACAACUGCCAUCUGCAAAGGACGUAGUACGUUCAUUCCCUCUUCGUGGUCAUAAUGAGGAACUGGGAGCCAUGGGACUUGACGUCCGAGCAGCUCAUAAACUUUGUGUACUUCAUCACAGUCAUCGAGGCCUAGUAGGCUUUUCGUUCAAAGGGCGGUUGUAUUUCUACAAAGUAUGUCCGUUCGGAGCCCGAUUCAGUGCGUGGUGGUGGGCCAGACUUGGCUCAUUUUUUACAAGGCUCAUCCAUCAGUUUAUUUACACAGCCCAUGCUUUGUUCCUAUUCGUUGAUGACUACUUACUGGUCCAACGCUUGGACAUUUUACCCAUCACAGCAGCACUAGUAGCUUUACUGGUUCAGGCAUUCAGACUUCCCAUCAGCUGGCGCAAAGCAGAACUACACAAGGAAGUCAAUUGGAUAGGAUGGACAUUUAAUUUUUCAAUCGGUCAGGUCAAAUUGCAACAGAGCAAACGGGAAAAACUACAACGAUUGAUCCGGGAGCUUUUGACCCAUCCGAAAACCUCCAAAAAGACCAUUGAAAAGUUCAUUGGACUAGCACUUUGGAUCACGCAGCUUUUUCCCCUAAUGAGAGCUUUCUUGCACCACUUCUAUACAGACUUAUAUAAGGCACCUGGCACAUCAUAUUCAAUCGACCCUGGUUUUUGGCUCACCACAUUGUCAUGCCUGAGCCCAGACCUACAAUUUACCUCUCGGCCCAUCGGCACAGCUAUACCUGAAGGCGGGAAAUUACUGUCAGUUCGUCACCAACCGGUGGCUACCUUGGAAGAUGUCCGCAACUGCCGGUUAUCAGAAAAACGGAUUUGGGUUCGCAUCAUGGACCCUUUGUCGAACAAAAGAUCGAUCAGCAAGGACUCUCAAAGAAUAUUGAACAUGUUCUCAACCUGGCUUCAAUAUUCAAAUCCGAUAGUUUCUAUGAACCCUAAAUUACCUUGGGCUGGCGAAGCAGCUGCAGAUGCCUGUGCAGAUAAAGAUCAUUGUCAGAUCGGAGGAUUCCUCAGAUUUGCCAAUGGUGACUUACGCUGGUUCAGCGAAAAAUGGAUAGCAUCCGUUUUUCACCAACUAGAAAUUCCAGUUUCAUCAGACAUGCAGAAAGAUAUCAGCAGCUACGAGACAUUAGCCCAAAUUUGUCUCUUGUAUUCCCUAUGCAGCUUACUACCAUCCCAGCGAUUUGCACUCACAUUAAAAAGCUUAAGUGAUAACACAGCAGCAGAAUCCACCUCAAACUUUCUCUUCACCACCAAAGCUCCAUUAUGUUUCUUUGUCGAAAAACUUUGCCUUUUAUCUUCCGCAGUCCAUGCACAAUUAGACGUUUCACACAUCCCGGGAUAUGCCAAUGAGUUGGCUGACAUGAUCUCCAGAAUGAACCUGGAGGAGCCCUUGCCUCCCAGCCUUCAAGCAUCCGACCGCAUCCGAAUUUCGUUAGAUCAAAUUUGGCACCCGACCAAAGCAGUUUCGAUUUUCCCAAAGGGAUCAACCGUUUCAUGGCCACUUCCGUAA